AACAGACACUGCGUUUAUCUGGUCUGGUCUAAGUGUUUGAAAGAAUGUUUCUGCUUUAACUUACUGAUAUUCGCGUUAAAACAAGUUCGAACUCAUAUUUACAACAUAUGCAGACGGCGACCUGCUUCAUUUGUUUUUAAGUCGCUUGUUAGGAUGUGUUAAAGAUUAACGGAGACAGUUGGCGUGCGAAAUCGCGUUAGCCAAUUAGCUUGCUAGCUAACGUUAGCACGUCGAGCUAAUCUCUUUGCUUUAGAUAAUCCAAGUCUCUCCACCGUUAUUAUCGUCUUUUUUAUUCGGAUGUGAAUUUAACCGACGAGUUAUGAAUGGUAUAAGGUGGACUGAAUCUAAUGAUUCCCGUAGUUGUUUGACUGGAUAGUCUACCUGGAAGAUCGACUCUUUUGCUCUAAUAUAAGAUUGAAGCAAGUGAAGAAAGAAGAUGGAGCUUCACCUGAAUCGAGUUGAUUAUAUUCAGGUUGGAGUGACAUCCCAGAAAACUAUGAGACUGCUUCCAGCAUUGGGAAAAAAGGCAACCCAAAAGGUUGCUGUUGCUGAUCAUGAUGGCAUACUCACAUGUUUUGGGAUGAAGAAAGGAGAAGCAGUGCCCGUUUUUAAAACACUCCCAGGGCAGAAAAUAACCAGAAUGGACCUUGGAGGAGCUGCGGGAACUCCACAGGAGAAGAUCUUUGUUUGUUCUGGUUCUCAGGUCAGAGGGUUCACCAAGAAAGGCAAACAGUUCCUCACCUUUGAAGCCAACCUUACAGAGAGCAUUAACGCCAUGCAUGUCUCAGGCGCUGACCUUUUUGUGUGUGCGAGUUACAUCUACAACCACUACUGUGACUGCAAGGACCAGGACUACUACCUCUCUGGGGACAAAAUCAAUGAUAUCACAUGCUUGUCCUCAGAAAACCUGGCUCGCCAAGUCCCGGUGUUGGCCUGUCAAGAUCGGGUUCUCCGAGUCCUGCAGGGAUCCGAGCUUGCCUAUGACAUUGAAGUCCCUGGCCCUCCAUCAGUGUUGGAAUUGUACAAUAGAGAUGGAGGAGAGGAAAUCCUCUAUGGAACUACAGAUGGCAAAAUAGGAUUGGUCAAUAUUGGUGAGGUUUCAGCUGCGACCAAAUGGGAGAUCAAUAAUGAGAAAAAGAAGGGAGGAAUUCUUUGCAUCGACACUUAUGACAUCAUGGGAGACGGAGUGAACGACAUCCUGGUGGGCCGGGAUGACGGGACGGUUGAGGUCUAUGGCUUCGACAGUGGCAGUGAGCCCACAUUACGCUUUGAGCAUGUGUUGUCAGAGAGUGUGACUUCCAUCCAGGGUGGCUGUGUGGGGAAGGAGUCUUAUGAUGAAAUCUUGACUGCUACUUAUACUGGAUGGGUGACUGGUUUGACCACUGAGCCACAGAAGGCUGAGGCUGGCCCUGGAGAUGAGGUCAGAAUGAGUAAGGAGAUCCAGUCCAAAGUAGAAGCACUCAGGGCGGAGCUGGAGCAGCUGCAGGUCAAAGUCCUGCAUGGCCGUGAGCAGUACCAGCAGACCUCUCAGUCGAGCACAGCUGUCUCCGCUGUGCCCAUCUUCAGCGUCAAUGACAAGUUCACUCUCUGCCAGGACGAUGCCAGCUACAGCCUCACUCUGGAGGUGCAGACUGCCAUCGACAAUCUGCUGCUCCAGAGUGAUGUCCCAAUAGACCUGCUGGAUGUGGAUAAGAACUCUGCUGUUGUCAGUUUCAGUGAAUGUGAUUCAGAGCAGCCUAAUGGGAACUUCCUCCUGGCAACGUACAGAUGUCAGGCUAACACCACCAGACUCGAGCUCAAGGUGAGAUCCAUCGAGGGACAGUAUGGGACCCUGCAGGCUUACAUUACCCCCAGACUGCAACCCAAGACAUGCCAGGUCCGCCAGUACCAGAUCAAACCUCUGUCCCUCCACCAGCGGACACACAGCAUAGACCAAGACAGGCCCAUGAACAGGCUCAGUCUGGUGGGACAAUUCAGUUUUGCUGAGAUCCACUCCUGGGUGGUCUUCUGUUUACCAGAGGUGCCUGAGAAAACACCAGCAGGAGAGAGCAUCACUUUCUAUUUUCACAAUACUUUCCUUGGGACGCAGCUUGAAGCCACCUACUGCAAAGGGGAGGGUCACUUCAGAUCAGACAACAUCUCUACAAUCUCCAUACUGAGUGAUGUUCUCUCUAAAGAAGCUACCAAGAGGAAAAUCAACCUGAACAUUUCAUAUGACAUCAGUGAUGACUCAGUGAGCCACACCCUAAAGAUGAUACAUCCAAAGCUGGAGUACCAGUUGUUGUUGGCGAGAAAAGUUCAGCUUAUUGAUGCUCUUAAAGAGCUUCAAGUUCAUGAGGGGAACGCUGACUUCCUCAUCCCAGAGUAUCGAAACAUCCUGGAUGAGUCCGCUAAUCUCCUCGACGAGUACAAGAAGCAGCCAGCGCACCUCGAGAGGCUUUAUGGAAUGAUCACAGACCUCUUCAUCGACAAAUUCAAGUUCAAAGGCCAGAAUGUGAAAACAAAGGUGUCAUCUCUGCUGGAGAUACUCGAUAACUAUGAUUUAAAUUCUCUGUUAGACUUCUUCAGUGAGGCAUGAUGUUUCGUAGAUCAGAGGCUAUUUAUUUAUUCGUCUUCCAGCGUCUUUACUUGUGCUAUUUUUGUAUUGUAAAUACAAACGUUUUGUUUAAUGGUAGCUACUAGAAGUGUCAAUGUCAUGUUGUCAUGUUGUCAUUUAGAUACUGUUUGUCCUCAUUAUGGUGUACAAUAUUUAAAUAUUUAUAAUAUAUUUUGAUAGCAUCUGAAAACAAGGGUGGUGAUUAAUAAACCAUGACAACGUUACUGGGAUAAUUUAGUUUCCUCUUUUUAUUCCUGAGCUUUAGAUGAGAAUAUAUAAGCUAGUUAAAAGCACACAAUGUAUGUUUUUGUAUCAUGAUUAUCAUAGCACUAUGAGUUUUAACUCUUUAAAUAAAAUUUGGAGUAUUGUA